GGCUUGAAACUUUUAAAAGCUCUGUGCUGCAAGUUAGAAAAAAGCUUUUACGAGGUAUCAGCACUUUUCUUUCAUUAGGGGGAAGGCGUGAGGAAAGCACCAAACAGCAGCAGACUUUUAAACUUUAAAUAGACAGGUCUGAGUGCCUGAACUCGCCUUUUCACCUUACUUCAUCCUCCCAAGGAGUUCAAUCACUUGGCGUGCCUACUUCACUUCUUUUAGAAGAACGAGUGGUGCCCAGGCAACAUGGGUGACUGGAGUGCCUUAGGCAAACUCCUGGACAAAGUCCAAGCCUACUCCACCGCUGGAGGGAAGGUGUGGCUGUCGGUCCUUUUCAUUUUUCGAAUCCUGCUACUGGGAACAGCAGUUGAGUCAGCUUGGGGUGAUGAGCAGUCUGCCUUCCGUUGUAACACUCAACAACCUGGUUGUGAAAAUGUCUGCUAUGACAAGUCCUUCCCAAUCUCUCACGUGCGCUUCUGGGUCUUGCAGAUCAUAUUUGUGUCAGUACCCACCCUUUUGUACCUAGCGCACGUAUUCUAUGUGAUGAGAAAGGAAGAGAAGCUCAACAAGAAGGAGGAGGAGCUCAAAGUUGCCCAAACUGACGGUGUCAACGUGGAGAUGCACUUGAAGCAGAUUGAGAUAAAGAAGUUCAAGUAUGGCAUUGAAGAGCAUGGCAAAGUGAAGAUGCGAGGGGGCUUGCUGCGCACCUACAUUAUCAGCAUUCUCUUCAAGUCUGUCUUCGAGGUGGCCUUCCUGCUGAUCCAGUGGUACAUCUAUGGAUUCAGCUUGAGUGCUGUUUAUACUUGCAAAAGAGAUCCCUGCCCCCAUCAGGUGGACUGCUUCCUCUCUCGCCCCACUGAAAAAACCAUCUUUAUUAUCUUCAUGCUGGUGGUGUCCUUGGUGUCUCUUGCGUUGAACAUCAUUGAGCUCUUUUAUGUCUUCUUUAAGGGUGUGAAGGAUCGUGUGAAGGGAAAGAGUGAUCCUUACCACGCCACCACUGGCCCGCUGAGCCCAUCCAAAGACUGUGGGUCCCCCAAAUACGCCUAUUUCAACGGCUGCUCCUCACCAACUGCUCCUCUCUCACCCAUGUCUCCUCCUGGGUACAAGCUGGUCACCGGCGACAGAAACAAUUCUUCUUGCCGCAAUUACAACAAGCAAGCAAGUGAGCAAAACUGGGCUAAUUACAGCGCAGAACAAAACCGAAUGGGGCAGGCAGGAAGUACCAUCUCUAACUCACAUGCGCAACCUUUUGAUUUCCCGGAUGAUAACCAGAAUUCCAAAAAACUUGCGGCUGGACAUGAACUGCAGCCUCUAGCCAUUGUGGACCAGCGACCUUCAAGCAGAGCCAGCAGCCGUGCCAGCAGCAGACCUCGGCCUGACGACCUGGAGAUCUAGAUGCGGCUUAAGCAGCAAGAUUCCACGCAAACUGUGGAGAAGAAAACAGGUGCUGUAGAAAGUGCACCUUAGGUGUGAAUUUUGUUCCAGUGGAGGUGGUACUCAACAGCCUUAGUCAUGAGGCUUAGAAAAUAAACGCAAAGACAGUAGAAUUCUUAGGUUCAUUGGGAGUAUCUGGGAUAGGUGGGUGGAAGGGGAGGGAAUGAAUACCAAUGUGGGAGGUACAUUUGGUAUUUAAUGUAGUGAAUUCAAAGAACAUAAAAUAAGAGUUGCAUUAGGUGAUAAUAUAGAUAAGGGCUUUUCUUCCCUUCCUACUCCCUCAAACCCUCAAGACUGAUUCUGUAUAUGUGAAAGAGUGGGUGAUUAACUGCAGCUAAAUAUUUUGCUUUCUUUUACCAAGAAACAGAAAUAGCUUUUUAGCAAGGAUUAAAUACUUCCUGAACAUCUUCCUUGCUCUGAGCAAGGAAAAGACAGGAUUAUCUUUACAUCCCUGCUAAAACAUUCCAUUGUCAAAGUUUGCACUUUGAAGGUUAGCUUUCUAGGCCUGACCCUCCAGGUGUCUAUGGACUUUUGCUACUAUGUUUUUUUUAUUCUUAGCAUCAGUCAAAAGUUCAGACAAGGCCCACAGAAAAAAAUUUUUUCAUGCAUUUGCGUCACAGCCAGUUCUGUAUGCAUCCACUUUCGUCACAUCAUUACCAUCACUUAUUUUUGUCAUUCCUCUACUACUAUUCACAUUCAUUUAACGGUUUUGCAGACAUUCUACAUCAAUUGGGAUGUCAUUUUUUGAGCUAGAGUCAGGGAAGCAAGCCAUGCUCAAUAUUUAACAAUCACUUGUACAUGUAUGUGUGUGGAAGAGAAUGUUUUUAUUUGUCAUGUAUUGGUACAAGCAGAUUCAGUAUAAACUCACAAACACAGAUUUGAAAAUAAUGUGCACACAGGGCUCAAAUUUGAAAUUUUCUCAUGGAUUUUGUGGUGUGGGCCAAUACGGUGUUUACAUUAUGUGAUUCCUGCUGUGCAAGUAGAGCACAUUUUUUUCCACGUGAAGUGUCUCCCCCUACUCCCUGUAUAUCCUAUUAUGGAUACUGAUUUUGUUAAUUAUGAUUUUUUUUCUUUUUUUUUCUCUAUUUUAGAACAUAGCAGUGAUGCUAUUACUGAAAUGUAAUCGUCGAUGCUUGAAUGAUAGAAUUUUAGUACUGUAAACAGGCUUUAGUCAUUAAUGUGAGAGACUUAGAAGAAAUGCUUAGAAUGAAAUAUUAAGUGUGCCUAAAUCAAUUUUGCAGUAACUGGUAUUCUUGAUUUUGUCCUACUUAUUAGUACACGUUAAUUCAGAACUUGUAUCCUACAAUAUGAGUUUGACAGACUAUGGAAGUGACCAGCAAUUUGGAUGUUUGCACUAAGAUUUUCUUUGGAAUGCAAGGGAGGUUGAAAGGUUUCAGUAGUACACAUGUAACUAAUUUAUUUGAACUGUAUGCUGAAGAUACGUACCAUUUUCUACAAAUGCCUUUCUCAAAGUCAUCACAAAUGAUUGGUGAAAAUGCCGAGAACCAUACUUUUCUUGCACAUCAAUUACAUAAAGAGUUUUGUACAAUGAGAAAUUGCUAAUUUGUUUGACAUUCCAUGUUAAACUACUGUCAUGUUCAGCUUCAUUGCAUGUAACGUAGUCUUGGUCCAUCAGAUCAUGUGUUCUGAAGAGUGUCUUUUAUUCAAUAAAGUUUUAAUUUAGUAUAAA